AUGGAUACUGGAGGUGGAGGUGGCAAUGCCAAUAGUAAAUCACCGGAGUCAUAUGAUGGCCUCCACCUUGACCACCAGCACCACCAUAAUCAUCAUUUGUUCGAACGAGUUAGGAGCAUUGGGCUGUUAUUUGGGAUUAUUGUUGUUACAUGCUAUAUGCUUUAUCCUUCGGCCUAUCCUUUUCAAUUUUCGCCCCACUCUUCGUACAAUCAGGACAAGGGAGGAGUUAAGUUGGAGAAAAUUUUGGAAAAGGUGGCCAUGGCAGACAAAACAGUCAUAAUAACAACUCUAAAUGGAGCAUGGGCAGCCCCAAAUUCUAUAUUUGAUGUCUUCCUUGAGAGCUUCCGAAUAGGGAAUGAAACUAGUAGAUUUUUGAGUCAUUUGGUUGUUAUAGCCGUGGAUCAUUACGCCUAUGAUCGUUGCUUAGCUCUACACCCUCAUUGUUAUGCUCUUAGCACCACCGGUUUGGAUUUUUCUGGCGAGGCAUCCUACAUGACCUCUACCUACUUGGAGAUAGUUUGGAGAAAAAUUGACCUUCUACACUCUGUUCUUAAGAUGGGAUACAGCUUCAUUUUCACGGAUGCUGAUAUAAUGUGGUUUCGCAAUCCAUUUCUUCAUUUUUAUUUGGAUGAUGAUUUCCAAACUGCAUGUGAUUUUUUUUGGGGCAACACUUCAGAUUUAGAAAACCAAGCAAAUACAGGUUUUCACUAUGUGAAAUCAAAUGAGCGUACAAUCAAAUUAUACAAGUUCUGGUACACUUCAAGAAAGACUUAUCCAGGCUUACAUGAUCAACAUGUGCUUAACAAGAUCAAAUUUGAUUCAUUUGUCACCACCAACAUUGGAGUAAAAAUAAGGUUUUUGGAUACGGCUUACUUCGGUGGAUUUUGUCAGCCUAGCAAAGAUCUCAAUCAAGUCUGUACAAUGCAUGCCAAUUGUUGUAUGGGUUUAGGUAGUAAAGUUCAUGAACUUAAAGUCAUGCUCGACAAUUGGAGGAAGUUUUUGUCAUUACCAACUGAUGUAAGGGCAUCCCAACCAACAUCUUGGGCUGAACCAAAAAGUUGCAGUCAUCAAGCUUUGUGGAGAGCUGGUUCGUAUGGUAUUCUUCGCCAUACAGUUAUUGAUUGA